UUCUGCAAAGUUUCCUUUAUUCUUACGCUUCACACAGUUCGAACUCUCAAUACGAUGAAACAAUCCCUCAAACCAAGCUCUGAUUAUACAUACAUACAUAUAUAUUAGGGUUUUCAAUCUAUAUAUCUCUCACCAUAUUGUCUCACUCAAUCAUACUCCAAAACCCUUUUUAAAUUUUCAACAAUUUCGAUUAUCGAGCUCUAGGGUUUAAGUUUGGAUCCCCCGAAUUUCUUCACUCGAAAUACAUGUGGCUCUUUGGACUCUUAAGUUGACUAAUGUUGUUGUGCUGGCAAGGUUCUUUGAAGUAAAAGUUUGAUUGAUUUAUUAUUUAAGUUUGGCUGUUUGAGAUGUAUGGUCAGGGUAAUUUUUCUCCUCAGUUUGGGCAGGGUUCCCAUACACCCAUGCCUCCAUUCCAGCAGCGCCCUGUGGUUCCUCCACCUCCUCCUUUCCAAAAGGGCCAUCCAACCUUACAACAUUCUACAAUACAACAAGGUCCUCCAUCUAUUCCACCUUGUGCAGGUUAUUCUGGCUCCUUCGUAUAUCGGCAUGCCCCACCUCCCACAGUUCAGCAAGGUCAGCCUGUUCAUGGCCCAACAAGUGAAAUGUUGAAUGCAGGUCAAUCCUACUUGCCGCCACCCCCUCCCCCACAACCUCCACCACCCACCCCCACCCCAACAAAUCUAUGGAAAAACCUCUAUGACACAUUCCUAUCCAAUUGCUCAGCAGAACUCCCAAUGGACCCAAAAUAUGCAUCAUGUUCCGCCACCUGUCCCUCCUCCUCUUGUUCCACGUCCCACAGGUCCAAGUCCCCCAGAAAUGUUCCUGCCGUCAAUAUCUCCUAGAGAAAUACCUACACUUACUUCACUGGGACAAACUUCAUAUAGAGGCCCAAUUCAUCUCCCACAGCCUGGUAACGUGCAGGGUACUCAACAAAUCCCACUGCCACUUCCACCUCCCCCACCCACUUCUAGUUUCUUUACUCCUGCUCCAUUUGGAUCUUUUGUGCAUUCAGCACAUCAAGAUUCUAAUGUGCUAGCGAUGGGUCCCAUGCCUCCACCCCCUCCACCCUCUUCUCCUCCACCCCCUCCACCUUCUCCACCGCCGCCUACCUCUCCCCAUCCUUCUUUUGGAUCCCUGUCUUCUACACCUCCCUUUGUUGCUUCUGACUUGUCUCACAAUUCCAAGUUGGGUCCCAUGUCCAAUCGUUCUGGCUUUGAAGUGAUGGCUUCUAAUUCUGUUGAUGAAGUUGUGGCUAUCACCCAAAUCAGAGAUGAUGCACCUUUGUGUAAUGACUAUAAAAAUUUUGAAGGCAGGACAAUCUGUGAGAUGGGUUCCCCUUUGGAAGUUACGAAUUUGGAUCUUCCUCCACCUCCACUCAAGCCAGCAGAACAGAAAGUUGUGCAAAGAAUUGAAGUUCUAUGCAAUUUUAUUGCAAAUAAUGGUCCUGGUUUCGAAGACACGUCUCGUCAGUCAGAAAGAGUCGGGGAAUCCUGAGUUUGAAUUUUUGUUUGGUGGUGAGCCAGGAAGUGAAGCUGCAGUUGCACAUGAAUAUUUUGAAUGGAUGAAAAAGAAAUGUAUUUUGGCUUGUAAAUUGCAGCACAAACAUAGUAAUUCAGUCUUAAGGCCUUCUGACAUGGAUACUUCAAAACAAACCAAUUGUUUAAUGGGUGCAGGUGUACCUCAUUCACCUUCUGAUUCUGACAUGGAUAUGGAAGAUGAUAUCACCCAGCCUGAUGAAGAGCAGCGAGUUUAUAACUCAUUUGAACGUCUAAAUCAUGAGUCUGUUUUGAUACCUAAAGAGCUUGAUAUUCGAGAGCAAUUAAGUGCACCACAUAAUUCUGUUGAACAUUGUCUUGCCAAGGAUGCUCUAUCUCGGUCCUCAGGACUGGCUGAACAAGAAAAAGGGUCCAAACUCUUUCGUGAUCAUGAUCACUUUACCUAUGGAAGGUCAGUUUUCAAAGUUGAUAGCUCAGUCACGGUUUCGUCUGUUCCUGCCCCAGAGGAUUUAAGUCAGUCCAAUGCAUCGACAGCUGCAGUAGGCUUUGGUUCUGAGAAAUUUCCUAGUGAACUCAUCAAAGGUGCUAGCCCUUUCAGACUUCUACAAGACUACGCUUCUGAUGAUAGUUCAGAAGAUGAUGUCAAGCCUUGUCUUGAAGAGGUCGGCCCUGUUACAGCCUCGAUAUCAACUACAGCAGGUGCUACAAGUUUGAACGGAGAGAUAUUAUCUAAUUUACAGAUGGAUCAAGGAUUAAUGAGUGUCUCAAGUUCUGAGAUGGCAUUUGGAACAUUUUCCAAGUCUGUUGUGGCAUGUUCUCCGAGCAUGUCACCAAAUGCUUUGAAAUUUUCCACAGAGUCACAAAGGACUGCCAGGGAAGCAGAUGUAACAUCCAUUGCAACUGUUAAAACUGAAGAACUUGUUGAAAAUAACAGUAGAAAUCAAGAAUCUAUUGACAAUGCUGUUUCUCCCGAGGUUUUGCAACUGAAAGAUACCAUUGAUGGUGUUCUUGAUGCUGCUCCUGAUAGUGGCAAGUCUCAUUCUCAGAAGGAAGAUUUUAAAUAUGCUUCUACUCUCCCAAAAGUGGACGAAUUUGGGAGAUUAGUCAGGGAAGGUGCUAGUGACAGUGACUCUGAGGACCCACACUAUACUAGAAGGCGUGGUAAGAGAGGAAGAAGUUGGAGCCGAAGCCAAUCUCCUCAUGAUAGGAGGAGGAGGAGGAGAAGUCCCCGGAGAGGAAAGGAGAAGCGAAGCCGGUCUCGCAGCUUGUCUCCCAAGAAACGAAGAAGCAGGAGCAGGUCUCCCUCUUAUGGCCAUGGGGGUGAAUUUGUUGGUCACAAAAUGAGAUGGGACAAGGAUCAGCUUCCAGAGUGCUUAGACUUUCUUCGUGGCAGGUGCCACCGUGGAGCAUUCUGUCGGUAUUUUCACCCCGACUCCAAUAAGAACAAUAGUGGAAGCCGCAACAGGAGCAAACAGCAGUAUGUGGAAGUUCCAACUGUUUCAAGGACUUCUGAUUUCCAUGAAGAGAUUGAUAAAACCCCUCCGAAAAGAUCAGUUCACCAGAAGGAUAUGCCUGGAGACAGCGUGGGUGUGUUGAGGGAUGGGAAGUUGGACAGGGAACAAGUAUUAGUUUCUGUGCAGGAUGCUGUGCAAACUAUAAUUUCUGAUCGAGAUGAUAAAUCAUUGAUUACUGAUGUUGUUCUCUCUGAGAGGUCUAUAGAGGUAACUGCAAUCAUGCAGCAGACUCAAAUUAUUAAAGAAGAGAUAUUGGAAUCCUCCACCGUGCUUCCUGAUAAUCAAAAUUGUCUGGAAAUAAUGGGGACUGUUCACCCCGUUGUUGGUUCUCCCUCUCGUCUAACUGAUGCUGAUGCCCCAAAGUCACCUGGUGAUACUACUUGUGGCGUAGCUUCUUCAAUUGAAAAUUUGGUGAUGCCACAAUCUCAAGCUAAUCCCUCUCUUCCAGUUCUUCAUAAUGCUGAUCACCGACCUCAGCAUGUGGAUGGCUCUUCUACAUCUGAUUCUUCACCCCUUCAGAUGUCAUCAACCUUACAACGUCAGCUUCCUGUUAGCGAACCUCAUCUAAAUAAGAUCUCUUCAGUUCAGUCAUAUCCUGGUACGAGUUCUAUUAGCCAAUCAUUUUUGUUUUCAUCUCUAUCUGGGCCUCCUAAGGAUUUGACUCCAUCCUCUGUUAGAGCUGUGGAUUUUCUAGAUCAUUCCUCACUUUCACAAGGCAAAAGUACCUCUCCACCACAGCUGCCUGGGGAAAUGAUGCAACAAACUUCAAAAUUUCCUUCUUUUUCUCCUCCUGUGGAAAACUACCCUCCCUCUCAAACUCCAAUGCAAAACCAGCAUUCUGAUUUUGUCACACCACCAAACUCUUGGUCCCUGCCACCGCCACCACCAUUGCUGCCAUUUGUUAACAAUUCAACUGUAACUGCAGCAACUGCCAUGCAAGGUGUUCCUUCAUUACAAUCUCACCAGAAUCAGCUGCCUCCAAGGAAUGACUUCAUUUCGCAGACUUUUGUGAGGCACUACCCGCCUGAAUUACCUGCUCAUUCUCAGGUUGGUGAGUUUCAGCAUCGCAGAUACUCUCUAAUGCAGGAGCAGGAGCCUACUCGACCUUUAUCGCAUAUGGAAGAUUUCAGACGAAAUCCUCUACCUAUGGGCAACCCAAUGAGUCAACCAUUUGGAGAUACAGGUCUUGUUGGAGAUCCCUUCUCACGGUUCCCGCUACAGGGUUUAAACCCUCCAAAUUCAUUUGCUCAGGGAAACAUACCCCUUCCACCUGUGUCUUCUCUGAGGGAUUCAGCAAGAAGGAGAAUGCAGUCUUUCUCGGGUGAUGACCUGCCUCCAGUUGACGACCUGCCUUCAGUUGAAUUUUCUACCUCGUCUUCUUACUUGCAGCAGCAAAGGCCACUCUAUGGUCUGCAGCGGUCUGCAGCUGAUGGAAUUUCUGUAAAUCAGGGUGAAUUUGGGAAUGUUAAUUUUACCAUGUCAAGAUAUACAUCGGAUAUUCUUGACAGGAACCAGCCAUCUUAUCUUUCUGAUUUUGGAGGGUCAAGAAUUUCAAACUACUACAAUCCUUAUGCAUCCACUUUUGAUCAGCCACUAAGUUCGAAAUUCAGCUCUAAUGUUUUUAAGCAAGAAAAGGAUUUGCCCUACAGUAAUCUACACGAUGCUUCUUUGAGUUUGAGCCAUGUUCCAGUUGAUGGACAAGGUAUUGGAAGUCUUGGCUCAAGGCAUAUGACUUCCUUGCCAAAAUCUGCCCAGGCUGCUGAUUUACCUAGGCCAGGCAGUGACCAGUAUGAUCCACUUUUUGACAGCAUUGAGCCAUCUUCAAACUCAUUCAAUAAAUUUGAUCAUGGUCAGAGGCGUGAAACCACAUUGAGACUCAGUGGUUCUCAUAAGCCAUUAGAUGUGGAAGAAAACAACAAGCAGAAAGAAGUUGAAGCUGUUGCUGUAUCCACGUCUAUAAAAAGUGAAAAUGAUGAAUAUGGUGAGACGGCUGAUGCAGAAGUGGGUGAUGUGGAUAAUGCGAGUGCAAGCAGCCCGCUUGAUGAAGCAAAUACAACUGGGGGAGAGAUUGAGAUUGAUCAGGUUAAGAUGCCAGGGAAGAGCAAGAAGAGUAAAGAUUCAAGAUCAAUGAAACUUUUCAAAGUAGCCCUUGCAGAUUUUGUGAAGGAGGUGCUAAAACCAUCCUGGCGACAGGGUAAUAUGAGCAAGGAAGCAUUUAAGACAAUUGUCAAGAAGACUGUUGACAAGGUGUCUGGAGCUAUGAAGAGCCACCAUAUACCCAAGUCUCAGGCAAAGAUAAAUCGAUACAUUGACUCAUCUCAGCGGAAACUGACUAAACUUGUGACGGGCUAUGUUCAGAAGUAUGCUAAAGGAUAAAAGUUUGCGCCUGCUGUGGUUUCAACCCAUGAUGGAAGAAAAUUUUGAUUCAACCUACUAUGGAAAAGAGAAUCUGCAGUUGGUCUUGUGAGGUAAUGUGAGGAUGUGCUGUGAUGUGUAAAGUUAGUAGCUGGUAGUACACUCAUAAUGUCAUGGCACAUUAGAAGAUGAACUUAAUGACAGGAGGAUUGAUUCCAACCUCAGCAAAAGGUCUGAGGAAGCUCCAAAACUUGUAUGUAAUGUGUUUUUUGAAUUCGAUCGAUAUAUAAAUAUAUAUAUAUAUAUUGUUUAACUGAUGGUUCUGUCUAUUUAGUAGGACAGCAUGUUUAUAAAGUCUCCCAGCUUUACAAUUGUUUCUUGGCUACAUAUAGGAUUCGUUUUCAUUAUAGUCAGUAGUAACAAAAUUCUUGACUUUGGAUAGCCUGUUGAAAAAUUGGAUUGGAAAUGGAAUGAAAAAUUCUUUUUCUUCACA